AUGCCUCCAAAAACUAAACCGCGUCCUUCCGACGAAACAGAACCUGCUUCAAAAAAACAACGGAAAAGUUCGUCACCUGAGCCACCGUCUAGUGUUUUAACACAGCAACAAGAGGAGGAAAUGUCUUCUGCGUAUAUUGCACAAUUAUUGGCUCAAGAAGGAUAUGAUGAACAUCCUUAUUACUCACAAUAUCAUAGAACAAAAGGCCGUAAACGUAAAGGUGAUACUUACAAAAAAACUCCUCAACAACAAAAUAAUGAUGAUCUGCUUGAUCAUCCUAACAACGGUUCCGUGGCUAUCAAUGAUUCUGUACAUCCUUACACGUCAGAAAUUAUACCAAGCAAGGAGAAAGAUGGGGAAGGGAAUAAUGAUUUCCAAGAAACUGAAAUAAACGGUGAAAUAAAACAUUUGACACCAGUCAAAAAACAGAAAAAAACUCCAAAGACAAUAUUACCUGGAAUGAAUAUAGGUGCAUACUCUGAUAAUGAAGAAACUUUAUUCUUGUCUGGAUUGGAACUUUAUGGACGCGAUUGGAAGAAACUGGCCGAGCACAUAGGAACAAGGGACACUAAUUCGAUACGAAGUCAUGCUCAGAAACACUUUAUCAAAUUAUUCAGAGAUGGAAUUCCCCUGCCACUAAAGGUACAAGAUUCUGGCAAGGGUUAUACCUUGUCAGGUAAAGAGUUAGACCCUAACUCUGCUGCAGCAAGACCUUAUCUUAUGAGGAACCCGCCUCAAGAAAAUCGAGAAACUGUAAAUAAAAUUGAAAAUAUAUCUGAUACAUCACCAUUCAAGACAUCUAAUUAUAAAUUAGAUGAUACCUUGCAAAGUGAUAUAUUGGAUAAUAUUAGCCAAUUGGGUUCUCAACCUUUUAAUGAUGAGGAAAAGGAAAAAAGUUGUUUCAUUGGUCAAGAAGAGCAAUCAAAAAUUAAUGGGAGUGAUCAAGUGGAAGAAUAUAAAUCAACGCAAGCAGAUGAAAAUCAUCAGAUUGUAACGACUGAAGAAAAACGUAAUCGCGGUCGUCCUCGCACCUCACCAAAGAUCGCACAAGAUACUACGAAAGACAAUUUUAGCCAACUGUAUGGUGCUGAUGGCCGUACGGAAUAUGCGAAAGCGAGAUUACGUGGAGAUAGAAAACAACUUUCGAGCGCACAUGAAGAAAAUGCAGAUCCACUGACGAUGAUAAAGUGCGACCCAUUUUUUGGCGCACCUAAUUCAAAUAUUGCCGGAAGUCAACCGUUUUCAAUGAUUGUUGAAUCAAAUGUGCUCGUUGCAAUGGAUUUUCAUGCACAUCUUAUGAACACCGAAGUCAUAGGAUUUCUAGCCGGAUAUUGGAUACCCGAGAAAAAGGAGUUGAUAGUCAAAGCCACGUUUCCUUGUCGUUCGCUUCAAACCGGGGAAAAUUAUGUCAAUGUUGAAAUGGAUCCGACUUCCGCACUAGAAGUUCAACAAACCAUUACCGAUCGAGAUAUGCAGGUUGUUGGAUGGUAUCAUUCUCACCCGAUUUUUCAACCUGAUCCUUCAAUAGUAGAUUUGGAAAAUCAAAAUAAUUAUCAAAAAUUGUUCCGAGAUGAAAAAUUUAAUGAAGAACCUUUUGUUGGAGCCAUCGUUGGUCCUUAUGACCCAAAAUUACCCGGUUCUCUGUCAGUUAUCAAUUGGUUUUAUGUUAGCAAUUCAGUCAAAUCAGUGGAUGAAAUGGGACAAGCAAAGCAGUUGGCUUUUGAAUUAGUCAAUAAUUCCGCAAUUUCGAAUGAAGUCGCUGACGAAAUUCUCGACCUUGUUGAACAAUAUCGUUCAUCUAAUGAUCGUGUGGAUUUUAAAGAAUAUUGGCGUAAAGAUACUAAAGAGACUAAAUUGGAAAAACUUAUCAAGUCAUUGGCAAAACGUAUGCCAUGGUUAAAUGUAUCAGGUAAUUGUGAUAAUGAUGACGAACAACUUAUUGAAGAAACAAACUACGAGAUGGAUGUGGAUUCAUUAAAGGUUAAUGAAACAUUAUGUGAAAUAACAUCUAAGCAAGUUACAGGCGAUCAUUUUCUGGAGAGGGUAAAGAAGCUUUUGAAGGCAUGGUGA